AUGGAGAGUUUCACUGCUGUUCCACAAGAGGGGUCGGGGGGGAUUCCUCUGGCCAGGAAGGUGUGUUAUGCUGUGGGUGAGGUCCCUAAUCAGAUUACUACAGCUGCUUUAGAUAUUUCCCUGCAGAUUUUUCUCCUGGAUGUUGUGCAGAUGGAGGCUUCUUAUGUCUCCAUGAUUCAAUUCGUGAGUCGGGCCUGGGAUGCUGUGACCGAACCUCUGGUUGGAUAUCUGGUGAGCUGCAGUAACUGGACACCCAUCGGAAAACUCACACCAUGGCUGAUCCUCUCAACUCCGUUUGGCAUCCUGUUCUAUCUGCUGCUGUGGUUUGUGCCACAUGGUUCAAUGUCUCAGGGUCUCAGCGUGCUGUGGUUGCUCAUAGCGGUCUGCCUGUUCGAGACCCUCAUGAGUUGCUACAACGUUCCCUACCUCUCGCUCAACAUGUUCCUAGGGGGAGAUCACAGAGACAGGGACUCUGCCACGGCCUACAGAAUGUGUGUGAAGAUGGUGGCCAGGCUGUUGGCUUCUGUAAUGCAGGGUCAAGUUAUAGCGGUGUACAACAAAGAAAAGCAAGAGAGCUGUGAACAUCUGGGCCAGGCUCAUGAAACAAUACCCCAGAGCACAUCUUCCCCACAAACUGCAUCACUUCAGGAAACGCAAAAGACUUUCCUGACCUCAGCUCUGAUCAUCGGUGGCUUGUUUUUCCUCAGCAGCCUGGUUCUCUUCCUGGGGGUGACGGAGCAGCGGGCCCCUCUCUGCUGUGAUGACAAAGUACGACCAUCCUAUUUGACCUCGCUGAAGAUGCUGAUAUGUCACAUUCCUUACCAACGACUGGUGCUUGGCUUUGUGUUCAUUACACUUGCUUUUCAGAUGUCCCUGGGUAAUUUUGCACUUUUCUGCAGCCAUGCAGCUGGGCAGGGAGCCCAGUUCCAGCACCUCCUGCUGGUUCUGCUGGCGUCUGCCUCAGUAGCAGUUCCUCUGUGGCAAACAGUUCUUCUGAGAAUAGGAAAGAAGCCCACACUUUACAUCGGACUAUCACUCUUCAUCCCAGCAGUUAUUAUAGUUGCCUCUGUUCCCAGUAACCUGCCAGUCUUCAUGAUUAUGUGCAUUCUGAUGGGAUUCAGUGUGGCAACCAUGUUCUUGCUACCCUGGUCUAUGCUCCCAGAUGUGGUGGACGACUUUGCUGUGAGACACCCCUCCUGCAAAGACCUGGAGCCCAUGUUUUUCACUUGUUAUGCCUUCUGCAGUAAGCUGGCGGAGGGCCUGUCUGUUGGCAUCUCAACCAUGACAUUACAGUUUGUGGGCUACAGAGCCGGUGCCUGUAAACAUGGGGACGGAGUGGUGACGGCUCUGAUUGUGCUGUUCUCACCGGUUCCCAUCGCACUUUUGCUGAUAGGGAUGGUCUUUUUUCACUCCUACCCGAUCAAUGAGAGGCGAUGUUUGCAGCAUCAGGAACAACUGACCACAAUUCACCCAGAAGUUACGUCACCGUCAUCGGACCCGAGAGAAAACGCAGAGCAGCCGUCAAUUCUGCAUCCCCAUGCUAGUGCGACAUCAACUUCACAUGAUAACAUAAAGACCAACAUGUUGUCAAAUGUGAGAUCCAAAAAGACAUGGGUAUAG